AUGCCUCGAGGCUGGAACCUUGACCCAGUGGCGAGAAAAGCCCCAAAAAGACUGGCUAGUCGGUACUACCAGCUGAAGACAGGACAUGCUCCAAUCGGCACCUAUCUACACCGGAUAGGCCGACGGGAAUCGCCUGAGUGUCAGGCAUGCAAGGAGCCUCAUGAGACAGUGAGGCAUGUGCUUUUUGAAUGCCGAGGACGCCGUACAGGACGGAGGGCUUUAUACCGAGCCCUCGAGAAAGCUGGAGUGCCGCUACCUACAGCGGCUGAGGAAAGUCCUGAGGCUAGGCUAUUUGCUGAGCCUAGGGCGACGCAGGGUUUGCUGCAAUUCAUGGCUGAAGCCAACCUGUUUAAUGAUAAUGAGCGGACAGCCAGAGAGGCUGAGAUUAGUGAUUUGUGGGGGUGGGAUACGUUGGAGGAAGAUGAGCAAGAGGGACAAAUCUUAUUAGCAAUUUCCGAUUUACAGAAUGGCCGAAUUCAACGUGUAGCUCAAGCUGCAAGGAUUUACGAGAUCCCCCGGACAACUUUACAAGAUAGACUCAAUGGUAUUCAACAAAGAUCUCUCGUACGCGCCAACAGCCAUAAAUUGACUCAAUAUGAAGAGGAAUCGCUUGUCAAAUGGGUGCUUGAUUUAGAUCGACGUGGAUUACCCCCCCAGCAUUCUCUUGUACGAGAAAUGGCUAAUUAUAUACUUUCACAACAUGGCAAACCACAAGUUGGAAAAAAUUGGAUAACUAAACUGAUUAAACGCCGUCCAGAGAUCGAUUCCAAAUUCGCAAGGAAAUACAACUACGAACGUGCUAAAUGCGAAGAUCCAAAGAUAAUACAAGAACAUUUUGAUCGCGUACAAGCUGCUAUAUCUGAGUACGGCAUCUUACCGGAAGAUAUAUUCAACUUUGAUGAGACUGGCUUUGCUAUGGGACUCUGUGCAACUGCAAAGGUUAUUACUGGAAGCGAUCGAUAUGCUCAGCCGAAGCUUUUACAGCCUGGAAAUUGA